CUUAGUUUACUCCUUUUUCUGGGUUUAGUCUUGCAUUUUCAUUUAGUAUCCUUUGUAAAAGGGUCUAAUCACCCGCUUUCACAUACAUUCGUUUCUUUCUCCUUUCUUUUGUUAGAGUCUCGAUAGCGCUUACCUUCCUACCCUCGUUGAUCCCGUGCUCCUAAUCCGUUUGCACACUCCCAAACUCUCCAUGGAGGGACACAGCUCACCACCCGCUGCCGACGUGCCGGCACAGGCUGGAGAAGGUCCUGCUCCAGUUCAAGCCGACAUUCGUUCUCAUGCUGCUCAUCAUGACCAAGGAACCGUCCCGGAACGAGAGCCGUCACCAGGUCGCCGUAUAACCCCACGGCCGACCUUUCUAGACAACCUCGCCAAUUCGCGAGAUUCCCAGUUUAUGCUUGACCGACGGAACUCCAGCGAACUGGAUCGGUACUUCCAUGGCCCCCGUGACUUGGACAAGCAUUCGAAAUGGCCCACCUUCCUCCGAAUGCAUGGCAGUGUGCUGCCCAAGAUGAUCCUUCCGCUAUGUUUUGUUGCGGUGUGGGCUACUCUGAUUACACUCAUCUCGAGAUUUGUACACAGACUUGGGAUCAACAACAUUCUGCUCACAGUUACGGGUUUCGUCGUUGGUUUGGCACUAUCUUUCCGGAGUUCCACUGCUUACGAAAGAUGGGCUGACGGACGCAAAUACUGGUCACUGCUGAUCCAGACCUCGCGCAAUCUUGCUCGCACUAUCUGGGUCAACACUAAGGAACGCGAAGGAGAGUUGGGAAAGGAGGACCUCCUGCAAAAGCUAACCGCAAUGAACCUCAUCCUGGCCUUCGCUGUCGCGCUCAAACACAAACUCCGUUUCGAGCCGGACAUCGCCUACGAAGAUCUUGCAGGCCUGGCCGGCUACCUCGAUACCUUCGCCAAAGAUGCACAUGACCGCCAGCGCCUCCAGCCUCAGCGGAAGACACUCUGGAAGUCGACAGGUGAAUACCUGGGUAUCUCCUUUGCCGAAUCGAAUCCCAGGAAGCUCAUCAAGCGAUCCAAGAAACCACUGGGCCAUCUUCCUUUGGAGAUUCUCAACCAUUUGUCGGCUUAUAUCGACAGAUGUAUCGCAAACGAGACUCUCAACGUCAGUUUGCAUCAAGCACAAGCCAUCAACGGCCUGGCUACCCUGAAUGAAGUCGUCACGGGAACUGAGCGCGUCCUUGACACCCCUCUCCCAGCAGCAUACAGCAUCGCCAUCUCCCAAAUCGCCUGGAUCUACGUCAUGUCUCUACCCUUCCAACUCUAUAACUCCCUCACGUGGGUGACAAUCCCAGGAUCAAUCAGUAAAUAAUCCAUACCCUAACCCCUUAAAGAGAAUGCAUGGAGACUAACUAGCAAAUGCAGUCGCCGCAUACAUCAUUCUCGGUCUCGCCACCAUCGGCAGCGAAAUCGAGAACCCCUUCGGUCACGACGUCAACGACCUUCCUCUGGACACCUACUGCCGACAGAUUGCUUUGGAACUGGAUAUUAUCACCGCCGCUCCACCACCUCGCGUCGAAGAUUUCGCCACCCGCGACGAGAACUUGGUGCUGUAUCCGCUUAGUAUGGACGGAUAUAAUGAGUGGAAGGACCGGAGCGUCGAGGAGAUCAGAGCUGCGCUUAGAACGAAGGCGAUCGCCAACACUCCUUCUACUUCCUCGGGGUCGGAUGAGUCGACUAUUGUUGAAAGCGUGAACUGUAAACAAUCGGUUUAGCCGGACGAAUACGCGUCAAAAGUUGGAACUUGAACUUGAAAAAGAGAAAACCCCCAAAAAAGGAAUCGUUCUUUGAAAAGUUGCUAUCAGCGCCGGCAUUGGGUCUCUAUUUGGAGCAUGUGCGUUUCGGUGUUUCUGUUGAUUAAGGACAGGGAGUAC